AUGCUUGAUCCAAAUACGCUAACGAUUCUUUCGAAUUGUGUAAGGUAGUUUAUGAGCAGUUGCAUUUCAAAAUCAAGUGUUCGGGUGGAGAGUUAAUACGGCACUAAAGCGGUCAACCAAUCCCGCUUAAGCUCAAUCCAGAUGGAAGGCUCUUCUUAUUCGUAUUCUGCAAAUAAUAUCUACAGAGGGGAAACACGCGAUCCCUUGCAACGUAACGUUUUAGAGAGCACAUCUCUAUUAACUGGCUCAAGUGGCGGUAGCGGCACAGUAGUCGGUGCCACCGGCGGUGUACGACGUCCUGUUACAGCAACAGUAGCUACCGCCGGCGUACAACGUAGACGAGUGAUUAAGAAGCACAUACAGCAGAAGUAUAUGUUGUGUGGUUUUGUAAUACAUGCUUUCCUAGCUACGCCUGCGUAUUUGUACGGUAAUGUCGUUGAAUCCGAUAAAGAUCUGGUAUUACGUAUAUGGCCGGCGAUUGUUUAUCAAGCUACCGGUCAGUUGUGCCGCAGCAUAUUGGAACGUCUAAACACCGAAUAUCACGGUCGCACAAGGGAGACUGUCAAAUAUCGUCACGUAUUCCUAUUGGCAACUUUAAUCACUUGCUGUUCUUUAAUGAUUAGCGGCAUAUUCUUUUCAUCAGCUUGGGUAACGGUAACGACAACUACACAGACUAUAGCCAUAGUAUUCUAUGGAUUCUUCGCAGGCAUCGGCUCAAGUUUAUUUAUUUGGAAAACUCAUGUUAUAUUAGAAGCUGUCCGCCCACGAGAGGAUAAAUUUGUACGCAAAACGAUACAUUUGUGCGGUGAAGCUUUCUGUCAAUUGUUCCUUUCAUUUGCAUUCACAAAUUUGCGUACCCUUUAUGGUACGGCUCAAUCUAUUGUUUUGAUGUCCGCCCUACUGGUGAAUCUCAUGCCCAUAAGUCUCAUUAUUACACGUCAUCGGGAGGGCGCUAUUACUCAACGCAUAUCCGUUAUAAAAGCGGAGCCAUCGUUUACGCCAUUACAUCAUCAAUUGGGUAGAUUUCCGAGCAGUUUAACUGAUCAAUUGGACGGCAUAGAAAUGCGUACAUGGAGAAAUCCCAUAAUUGAACAUAAUAAUGUUACAGCAAUUGCUUUGGCAGCAGCAGCUGUUGAAAAUCGCCAUUACAUGUUACCCACAGAUGAGAUGGAUGUAACUUUUAUCAAUCCAAACGGUGUGGAAAUCAUGGAAAUAAUACCUGAAGAAGAUGAAAACCUAUCGGUCAUUCGUUCUAGUUCAGCUACCAUAGAAAAUUAUGGUAGAAAUAGUGUAGAAGCCUCACAAUCAAUGAAUAAAUCGGCAUCGAACGGCUUACAGAUGAGCAGGGACGCGAUUAUGAUCCCUGGCUUUAGUAAUUUAGAUAAAUUACAACAAUUUUCUCGUGAUGUAACCACUCAUUUAUGGUCAAAUCUUUUAGAUAAAAUAGUGGUGCCUUUACAUAAAGCUUUACUAAUACCGAAAUUAUAUUCAACGACAUUCCUUUUGUCUGCCGAUAUAUUUUCUUAUGUGAUGUGCUUAACAGUUUUACCCGGACUGGCGGUUAGCCAUCAUGCGAUUAAAAAUGCCGAAAUUCCAUUUCUCUUCUCAUUGCUGGCCUUUCCAUGGAUGUGUUUCUCAUUGAUGACACCGCGCUUCGGUAACAGCUUAUAUAAGCAUAAAUUUCAAUGGCAUACUUUGGGGUGCACAUCCAAAGGCUUAGCUUUAAUAUUUAUUAGUUUUUCUACUUCAAAACUACUAUUAAGCGUUUCGGCAGCAUUGCUGGGAUUCGGGCAGUCGGUCACACUGUUUCUUCAAGACUGGGUAUUACAGAUGAGUAUGCCUCACUCGCAAUGGUGUGCAAUACGUUUUCCGGUUCAUUUUACUAACGGUUUAUUGAUUCUGGUAUGGGGUACUUUGGCUCAUUGGGUCGUAGUAAAUUUAUCCUUUCAAGCUAGUGUAGGCUUAGCAGCAGCUCUUUACGCAAUCAGCAUAAUAUUAUGGAAUUUAAUAUUUAUAUGCUUUAAUUGUAAAAAUCUUACCAAAAAUUCAUCUUAGUGCGAAUUUACGCCAGUAUGCUG